CCGCGCGUGGCUCUACGGAGUCCCUCUGGAUGCACAGGCGAGAUGGCCCUAGUGGGCGCCUCCGCCCCAUUUCCUCGCUUCGUCCAAGCCCUCCUCCAUCCCAUCCUCGCGAGUGAGGGAUAUCAAGAAUCAGUUACGAAUGGGGCGGAAAGGGCAAGUAUAAUAAUAACCAGUCGAGAGCUCCCAGGUAAGUUGAUACUCCCUCCAACGCAAAAGCGACAGACAUUCAUCUACUUCCCCCUUCCCAAAUCCCUCAAACACAUCCCACCUCGAUCUAUCUCUCAUACCAGCCCCAAUUCGAUCGCCACGAUGGUUUCCCUGACGACAACGCUCCUGUCCCUCCUCCCCCUCGUCGCCAGCCUCGUCGGCGCCACGCCCAUCGACAAGCGCCAAACCUCGACCGUCUCGGCGACGUUCAUCGGGGCGGCCGACGCGCAGUACACGCUCCAGAUCCCCGCCAACAGCGAGUGGUUCCCCACGGACAACCCGCUGAGCAUCUCGCACAUCCAGACCUCGGCCGGCGCGUCCUGUGCCUUCUUCGGCAUAGACGGCGCCGUCAUCGCCCUCCCCGCCGCCGGCGGCUACGUCGACGUCGGCCCGCCGCAGACCAUCGCCGGUGGCGUCUGCGGCCCGUUCCCAGGCCAGAACUAUGGCAUGUGGUGAUUUGUGAUUGCCCAAGUUGUUCUCUCGGUCUCGAGGAUUUUCUUUGGUCUCAGGCAUACAUUUCACGGGAGGAGUUUUUGCCCCAACCUUUUUUCCCGGGGGCUGAAUUUGUUCCGUCACUCUUGUCUUAUUAGCUGAAUAGAUGAAAAGGUGGUGGUGUUUUGUGGACGGCGCCGCUCGUGUGACAUUCGGCAUUACCCCAGCUUUUACGAUUCUCUAAUGCAUACCCUCCAGUCGGUCAGUCGGUCAGAAGAAAAAACUAGACAAAUUGACAAUUACAUCUUAAACACUGAAAGCGCGAUGAGAAUGUUCCUGAGGAUCUUGUUCAACUGUGGCAUUGUGGCGUCCCAUGCACGCAAGCACGCAAGCAAGAGCAACCUGC